AUGUGUGCCGAAGACGUUGAGAAGCUUGUGAAUGACCGACUUCAAGACUUGAAGACCGGCGGGAACUUCGAAGAUGCACUACGUAAGGAGAUGGACCAGGUAAACUCUACGCCUUUCACAGCGGAAAUCGAGCAAGCUGCUCCCUCGAAGCGAUUCUCAACGCCGUCGUUCACACACUUCAAAGGGGAUUCGGAUCCCGAGAGCCACCUAAAACACUUCAAAAGUGUCACGAUCCUCUACAAGGCUGACGAUGCGCUGAUGUGCAAGGUGUUUACAAUGACCUUGCGAGGAGUAGCCCAAGACUGGUUCCACACUCUACCUUCCAGGUCGAUCAACAGCUUCAAGGAGCUGGCUUACGUCUUCACCAAAGAAUACACCUCUUACCCGACGAUCAAGAAGAACCCUGAUCACUUGUACAACCUACGCAAGAAGUCCGACGAAUCGCUUCGAGACUACAUCAAGAGAUUCAAAGCAGAAAAUGCCAACAUUGUAGGAUGUGACGAUCGGAUCGCGUCCUCUGCUUUCAAGAAAGGCCUUCCAGCUGAACACGACUUAUACCGCGAAUUGACUAUCACUCCUAGCUAG